AUGACGAUCUGUACUUAUAACGCACGUACGCUUGCAUCGGAAGCGGCCAUCGAAGAUCUGAUGAUGCAAGCCAAGAAGAUCAAGUACGACGUCAUCGGACUGACCGAGACGAGACGACGUCACCCUCUCAACGCCGUAUAUGAAACUGGAGAAGAACUGUUCUUAGGAACAUGCGACAGUAGAGGUGUUGGUGGAGUUGGCGUCCUCGUCAACACGAGUAUGGCAAAGAACAUCGACUCUUCUGAACAACUUACGACCCGAAUCGGACGUCUGCGGAUGAGAAGAUGUGGCCCAAUACCAGCUUUGACUAUCUUCGUCGUUUACGCUCCAACAUCAAGCUACGAAGAAGAAGAAGUCGAAGCUUUCUAUAUGGACCUGGAGAAGUUCUACCAAGAAGAUCAUGCCUUCUACAAGGUCAUAGUUGGCGAUUUCAACGCUAAGGUUGGCCCAAGAAGAACGCCGGAGGAACUUCACAUCGGGACCCACGGCCUACAAUGGAAUGACCAGGGAGAGAGGCUCUCCGAGUUCAUCAUGACGACUAAGACCAUCCAUGGGAACUCGCAAUUUCAGAAGCCCUCUUCUUUACGCUGGACGUGGGAGUCACCCGGUGGAGGGUACCGUAAUGAAAUAGACCACACAUCGUCAAUAAAAGGUUCUGCCUGA